AUUAGAUCAGUUACACGACGCCAGCCAGUAGGCGAAAUCAUAUUGUUUGACACAAAGCUGUAGUGACUUUGUAAUGAAGUCUAGUUGCAUAUUUAUCAUUUCAAAAUACUGUACACUCUAUAAAUAUUAUAUAUUAUUGAUAUGAUUGAAUCUUAUGUGAUGUUAUAAGUGUACAUGAAAUUUGAUAUUACAUUACAAUGCUUUGAUACUUUUUCAAAUUACGAUUAUUUAGACGCUUAUACAAUGUUGUUGCAGUUAACUCAUGAAUAACUUUUUUUGUGACACAGGUUUCACUCUCUCAACAACGCUUUUGUGCUGCUAUAGAGUUUGAAUACAGCUAUUAAUAAUUCAUGCGAAAAUGGUUUUUGUUGUAUUUACAUAAGGAUGAAAGUGGCAGGUACAAUUUUGACAUUUGACAGUCUCGGACUACGUGCGCAAUGGUACCGUCGUUUGGGUAGCAGGAAUGCCCCCCUCUGUUGAUUAAAAUUUGAAACAUUAUUAUAUGCUUCUAUCUAAACAAGGUCAACAGUUUUCAUCAACUCUACAACGAAAAUAAUGAAGAAUCAGUGUAUAUUAUGCCUUUAUCUUUAAAGAAAGUGCUUUUUGUCCGUCAUUAUCUAAGAUACAUGCGCGAGUGUUCGCUAAAAUGAUCUGUACUUUGUUUUUCGCAAUCACAUCGUUACAUGAACAUGGAUGACCUAAAAUGCGAAUACGUGAAGAAGAAAAGAUGCUUUGGACUGUCACAAGUAACGUUAUCAACGGCAAUUAUAAUGUCCUGUGUAUCGACUAUCAUCAAUCGAAAACAUAUCUUCGCAUAACGAUCGUUGAAUUUUCGAUGUACAAAAGUGAAAAUGUGAUGUGUCAAACUGAUUGUUUACGUCGCGGCGCACAGGUGAGCGUGAGCGGUUUGUAGUAGUGGCACGCAAGGCGGCGAGGCUGCCGCGGCCAGGGGCCAGGUGCGCGGGCAUGGCGGGUCGGGAGAGCCCCGCCAACGGCGGGUACGAGACAGCGGAGCCCGCGCUCCGCGUACGCAAGGACCUGUUCCCGGAAGUGCGCCUGCCCAAGCCGGGUGACGUCGCCGCCGACGUGGACGCUGACGCGGACGACUCGCAGCAGGAUCUGCUUGAGGAGAGUAUCUCGUGCGUCAAUCUCGAGACAGACUUUGAGAAGAGCAUUGAUGACAUCGCCAACCAAAAGCUGCAGGGCAAUGGCGCCUUGUCGCCCUCAGAGCGUCGGCACCCGCGCCCGCGGCAUCGCAAACACAAACAGCACUCUAGGCACAACUCCCACUCCCAUGGAGAGCAGUCACCUCCUAAUGGCUGCCUCCCGCAAAAGAAGAAAAAGAAGAAGUCUCGCCACAACCAUUCACCGACCAAUGCGGUGACAUUACAUGUGAAAGGUGGAAAAAACUUGAACUUAGUGAGUAGUAGUGAGUGUCAGGUAGAGCAGGAUGCUGAGGAGGACAGUUCGGAGGAUGAAGUGCUCAAAUUUAGUGUGAAGUUACCUUUAAUUAAUGUAGUGCGGCAGAGUGGCAAGCCAUACAGUCAUGAACUUAGUCAAUUAUCAACAAAAAAGAGCAAAUCCAAGGACUCUGUGAAGGAAAGAAGGACUCAUGCUGUGACACCAUGUAGUGGAAAGCCCAGAUCUAUGUUAGAUAUUUGUAGUUCCAAAAGCAAGAAGAAAUCUAAGAAAUCGGAUAGUGGCCCCACAUAUCACAGUCAGAUUGUGGACACAAAUACUAUUAAAAUAAAAAUUAGAAGAACUAGUGUUCAUGAAACGGUGCCGCCGACCCCGACGUCGAUAGCCGACAUUGGACAGAGGAAGUCUAAGAAAAAGCGCGCGGCGUCGCCGGUGGGCAGCGUGAGCUCGGGCGAGGAGUAUGACCCUGCGCGCCCCGAUACCGCCGCCGCCAUGAGCGUCGCCGCGCCCAAGCCGCGACACCCGCCAACCAAAACGAGGAAAUCCAACUCUAAAAGUAAAACCGAAAAGACUGACAAAAGUAGGGUUAGCGGUUCGAGCAGCAAAGAAAGCGGACCCCAGAGCGGGUGGGCGAGCUCCAUGCCAGAAGAAAUUCUCGUAAAGAUCUUCGAUUACAUAGUGGCUUCACAGGGGACUUUACCUUCCGUUAUCAAACUGGGUAAAGUGUGCAAGCUGUGGCACGCCGUGAGCCUCCGGCCGGAGCUCUGGAAGCAGGUGGACCUGGCUCAGUACACCAGCGAGAAACACAAAACCGAUUACAGACUAGUUUCGCUCCUCGAAAAUCGGUUAUCUCAUUGCCAGAGUCUCAAUAUCGCCCAGUGGAAGGUGUGCAACGUGUCUUGGGUGCUGGCGUGCCUGAUAGAGUACUGCCCGAACCUGGCCGAGCUCAGCGUGGCGGGCUGGAGCCGCCUCACGCCGGAGCAGCUGUACGACCUCGCGCAAGGGCUGCCCAAGCUUCAGCGGUUGGAUCUCUCACUGACGUCGGAGACGGGCGGGUCGAGCACAUGUCUCUCGGCGGGGUCGAUGGCGCGCCUGGCCGCCAACUUCGGCGAGCGCUUCACACACCUCACGCUGGCCAACAACAAGUUCACGGCGCUGCCUCAGAUACUCUCCUCUAUCGCGGCGCACUGUCCGAAUCUAGAGGUGUUGGAUAUCUCGGGCGCAAGAGCUACGUCGCACCCGGCGGCAGUGCCUCUGGAGGCGUUGCAAAAGGGCUGCCCCAAGCUGAGGGUAUUUAGGGCCGCGAACUCGCAGCUAGUACUGGCCUCUGCUACGACGUCGCAACAGAUGGAGUGUGUCGGCUGGACGUUGCUGGAGGAGCUGUCGAUCGCGGCGGAGGCGGCGACGGAGCGCGUGGGCGUGGGCGAGUACCGGCUCGGCGACGAGGCGCUGGCGCGGCUGGUGCGCGCCGCCACGCGCCUGCGGCUGCUCGACCUGCGCGGCCUGCACCGCCUGUCCGACUCGGGGCUGGUGCGCGUGCCGGCAUGGGACCUGCAACACCUGUUCCUGGGUGGUUGCAACGUAACUCGCAAGAGCAACUCGUGCCUAGAGCUGAUCUGCGAGAAGUGGUCGCACAGCCUGCUCGAGCUCGACCUGUCGUGGGCGUCCGCCGAGCGCGUGCUCGACACGGCCGUGUGCGCGCUGGCCGACGCGCCGCACAGCAAGCUCAGGAUUUUAAACUUGUGCGGGUCAUCUGUAUCGUUAGAACCUGUGAAAAAGAUUCUAAUGCGGUGUCCGCACCUGGAGUCGCUGAACCUAGCGGCGUGCCGCGCCCUGCCGCGCGGCAUGAAGCGCCUCUACACCGGCAAGGAGCUGCAGGACCUCAAGGACAGCUUCGACCCCGCCAAGGUCAAAACCAAACAAGACUCCGACAAAGAGGACGACGACACCCCGAACAAAAAAGACAAAAAGUGUCAAGACGACUCUAAAUCAGAGUCCGCCAAGACGCCCAAUCAUGACAAUGACGAAAAGUCCGCUGCCAAAGUAGAAGCCAAGUCACCUGAGAAGUCUUCCUCGAGCGUUUUCCAGGAACCUAAAAGCGUAUCCGAUGCCACCGUCAUAUCUGAUAAGAAACUUUCCGAAGUAUCGACGAAAUGUUCCCCAGAUUCUAAGGCGGAGUCUUCCACUAGCAAAGAUGCCGUGGACACUCCCGUCCACACUCCAGAGGGCAAAAGUUCUACGAGAGAGCCGACUCCGAAACUUCUCAGUCCCAUCGUACAGUCCAAACCCGAUUCCUCUUCCACUCCGAGGUCUGAUUCGGCCAAAACUGAUCUCGGCAGUCCUCACUUCAGUCCCGUGCCAAAACCCGAUAGUCAAGUGCAAAAUAGUCCUGAAGUAUUAUCAGAGUCCUUCAAAAGCAACUCUUGGAACCUGGGACAGUUUAAAACAACCCCAACACACAGAUCUGAAGCUAGUCCUCUCAAUCGCUUAGACAGCCACAGUAGAGUGAAAGCGAGUAAAGUUAUAGAACAAUGUAGCCCAACAACGUCAUUAGAAAAUAAACUUAGUCCGGAAGUCUUGGGCGCCAAGCAGGACAUAAAGAAUCCUAAUAGUUGGAAUUAUGGUAAUUAUAGUCCAAUGACCAGGCAAGAUAGUCAGUUUCCUUCUCAGAAAAGCCCAUAUUCUGCGCAACCGAGUCCGGCGCAGCCCAGCCCGUACUCUGCUCAGCCUAGUCCGUACUCCACUCAACAAAGUCCAUACUCCUCCCAACCUAGUCCUUAUUCCGCCCAGCCUAGUCCUGACACAAGCCAAAUGGUAAAAUCAGACAUCCCUAAAUCCGGAGCUUGGAACGCUGGCAAUUACAGCCCGAUGCCGAAGCACCACGCCCCGUUUUCACCUCAUCCGUCGACCCACGCGAGCCCGGAUCCCGGCUUAGGAGUUAAAAGUGACUCUAUAAGAAGUAAUCCCAAUAAAACUCCCGGUCAGUAUAGCCCUAUGUCGCGGCAAGAUCGAUUGCACCAGAGUCCUUACUCCCCGCGACCCAGCGCCGAAAACGUAGCUUACAACAACAAAAAGAGCCCCGGCGUCGGCGGUUACAGUCCCAUGAUGCGGCCAGACUGUCACCUACCGAGCCCGGACGGCGGGCAAAGCUCGAGGCCGGCGAUUGGCCGGACGCAGGACAUGUACGGCCGGCAAGCGGCGAAGCUGCCCGACAUGAUGGCCGGCAGCGGCACUGAGCUGCCGGGCGCGUGGGGCCUGGACAGGUUCAGCCAGCUGGGCAGCACGAGCAUGGAGUCGCUGGUGUGGGGCGCCGGCGGCUCGUACUCCGCGGAGUCGACGCACGCCGCGCCGCGCCUCGACAACAUUCCCCCCAUGCUGAACACGCCACCCCCGCAGGCGUGGCCCGGCCUGCCCUCGUUCACUUCUAGUGCGCGGAGACCCAAUAACGAUAUGAGUGACCCGUGGACAUUAGGUCAGUUUCGUGUGGAGCCUCCUCAUCAAGUGCACAAUACGUUUGUGGAACAGAACGUGUCGUUCGACUCGCUGAGUGCGCCGCACGCGCUGCCGCACCUGCCGCAGAGCUACCUGGGCGAUGGCUUCUCGGGCUCGCGUCUCGAAUGACGCGCGGCCGCGCACCUCACCGCGUUCACUGCGUAUGUAUACACCUUGAACAAUUAUCUUGUAGAGAUUGUAUAUAAGAUUAUCUUUUUUAGAUGUAGCAUUAACAAGCGUAGGUUUGCAUUAACAUUAUUUUGCAGCCUAUGAUAGGAAGAUGAGAGCUGAAUAUAUAUAGUUAAUUCAUCCAUCUUAGAAGUUGGAUUAUACACUGAGCUAGAUAUUAGAGUGAUUCUUUCUUACGAUACCAAACAGUUUUCAUACCAUUUAUGAGACCAAGAUGAUAUUCUGCUUUCCCGAUGCAAAUCAUGUUUUCGUGGAGGCGAUAAGUUUUUACAAUUUCCAGGUAUAGAUAUUUUGCCUUUGAUUAAAAACACCGGAUAGUAAAUCGUACAGGAGUUAUAUACUCGUAUAUGUAUACAUACAUAAAUGUUAUAUUGACGUAUAUAUUGUCAAGGCCUUGUUAUUCGAGGAGACACAUGUUUUACAAAUAUACCUCAGUAGAUUAUGAGAUAGUGCCUCAGAAGCUCGAUAGUGAGUAUAAUACAAACGAUUAUUAGAAGCAGAUGUUUGAAUCAUCAGUUGGAACUACUACUGGCUGCAAGAGAGGGUUGUACUGAACCGCCUGAUAUAUAGUCUGCCCGCUUUUCUAAGAUCAAGUACGUCAUAGUAAAUCUAUGGCGAAUUUGGUCUUACAGAUCGGAUAGGCUCUAAGUAACUUAUACUAUCAACGCUCAGUUACCUAAAGCUAAACAUCUUUUUGAGUAGUGUUAAACCUUAAGAGAUUCGGUUAAGUUUGGUUAAGAUAACUCAUCCUCUCUGAAGCCCUGUGUGUCGAGAUAGUAAGCCUUAAGAGUAAGUAAUAUAUUAUAUAUACAGAGCUAACACAGAAGCAUGCCUCUCGUUCUGCUCCUAAUAUUGCAGCGUCUGAGUACUUAUUUCGCCUCUAAAAGCAUCCAUUUGUCCCGUAAAUCUAAACAUUAUACCUAGGCUAAUGUUGUUUCUCUCCUAUUUUUUUCAUAUUCUAUGAUUGUUGAUGAAAAUUGUGUGGUACUUAGUUAUUCCAUAAGAUUAAGGACCAAACACACCGGUAGAACUUACGCAGACUCGAUGUAUGUAGAAAUCUUUAAAACUUCACGGUACAAAUGGUUGCUGCUCAUUAUAGCUCACUUGAAGCUUCCUAUUUUCAUCAACUUGGUCUUACAUUUUUAUAUUUUUUUAUUCUGUAACAGUUUGUACCUAUACUCGAUAACAUGCAAUAAUAAUGAACAUUCCUUUUGUAUAAAAUAUUUAACAGUUGUUUUCAGAUCGCAAAAUAUUAUCUGUGUACAAAUAUUUGUAUUAUUAUAUGCUUUAGAUAAAUGUUUAAGUUGGUUUGUGUUACUUCUUCAAAACACCAUAUCAGAUAUUUUCUAUUUUAUAAAUAUAUCUUACUUAUUUAUAGUAGAACAUCACUCUGAUUAUAAGAAAUAGUACAAUAUCACAAAGCUCACAUUCAUAUUCUUAAUAAAGUUAUAUUGUUUGUCAAACAGAAGGUCUGAAGUAGAAAAUAAAAACUGCUACUUUUUUAUUUCACAUAUCGAAUAGCCAGUAAAAAUAGGUCAAAUUGUCACGCAGCGUGCUUUAAACUGUUUAAACUGACUAUAUCCUCUUGUCCAAAGAACUCACAAUGUAACAAAGUAACUGCCAAACUUUGUUUUUGUAAUGGUUUCAUAAAAUGACCCAACAUCUCAUUUGUUACAACGCUUUAGUGUAGCAUUCACGGCAUCGUUAGAGCAGCUAUUAGUUAUCGUAAGUUGAUUGUCAUGGAUUUAUGAGAGAAACGCUAGGACAUAUCUCCAUUAAAUAAGGUUAUAAAGUGGGAUCGGGUGAGUGAUGGCACUGAUGGCUUGUGACAAAGAACUGUCAAUCGUUCGAUACCUUCAUCGUAUCAAUAGGCUUGGUACGAUGCGCCGCGACAGUAUUACGCGCGCGAGAUUAAUACUUUUAGAAAAAGACGGGUAGUUUAUGCAGCGCGCGAGAUACUGUCGCGCCACACUCGUGCUAAGUAUACAGAACAGUUGUAAGCAGCCUUGUUUGUAAGCAGUGUUUUUUAUAACAAAUAAAUAUAAAUAUCCCAUACUAAAAUAAUAGUUCACUUAACCAAUUUAUUAUCCAAUCAUUCUGCUUUUGUACGAAUUUUGUACUAUAAUCUGAACUAAUUGGAGCAAAAGAACUGUCAUUUUGGUAUCUGUGAUAUAUAAACUAGGUUCAAACCUAGUUUACCGUGCGGCACCGCGAAUAAAGAUGAGUCAACCGUUAAAUAACACAUGUAGAUAAUUAUGUGCGUGUUGUAUGCACUCAAAAUCUUUUUUAUAUCGAGGACACAUGCCAUCACUCGCCUAAGGCAUAACGCAGGUGAACGAUUUUAAUUGGCCACAAAUCCGCCAUAUUUUUUUUACUCACAAAUUUAAAUUCUAAAUAUACCACUCCACGACAAUCUUAUUAGUAUUAGCCGUAUUAGGUACAUACAUAGCAGUACUGCACAACCUACCAGUGACUGAGCGUCAUACAAACCAGGUGGCAAGCCUGAGCUGAUUUGAUCUGGUUUAUACUAUGAGACCUCUCGACAUGAUAUAAAGUUUAAUCCUAUCAAUAAACUAAAUAAAGUAGCAUUUGCACUGACUCCUUGAAUAAAGGAAAUUCAACUUAAGUACUGAUUUUUGAUUCAAUCAAUCAUCAAUUCAUGUUAUCUUUACUGCGUGGAUUAAACCUUAUCAAUUGUCAGUAGGCUUGCCAUUGCAAAUCGAGUUCUUUAGACGCUUUCCCACAGCAAACUCGUAUGAUUCGACGUUCACUGAAGAUGUAAAGCUUGGAAGAUGAUCUAACCUGAUUAUUAUUAUGCAUUUCGCGUAAUGAAUAAAUAUCUGUGUUCCGACUAUGGUCGAGUCUGCGUUACGCCUAAUUGCCUGGCUACCCAUAGGAAGACAGUAUUGACUAAACCUUAAUUCUAAGGCUUGAUUUGUUAACGGGCUGUAUUUGUUGUGUAUAUCCUUAAUGGCCGCACGUGGAAGUUAGGUUAAUACAUAAUAUGGUAAAAAUUGUUACUUAGAUUCGCUAGGGCUCGUCCCUUAGGCUAAAGCAAUUUUCACAAAGUAACUGCCAUUCGCCCUUUUGUCGGCAUACAAAUAUUAAAGCAAUAAAACUCUUUGUUUAUUCAGAUUGCUAGGCAAAUUGUUGCGCAACGAGACUUGUUUGGCCCACGCCUUGUAUACGCGCGACGAUAGCGCAGAAGCAUAUAACUUAUUUAUAUUUCUUCGCGUUACAAUACAUAUAUAGAUGUAGUUAAUUAUAAGUACUACACCAGUAAUGUAUCACGUUAAUGUAGAUAUUUAUUUUUUGCCGAACAAUAAAGGUUGCCUUAUAUUCUAUUUAGCAAUAUCGUUAAAGGACGCCGAAAGUUUUCUUUCAACAUGCAAUUUUGUAAAAUACCCUUCGCUGGUGCACAAUAAUAAUAAAUAAUAGUGUAUAAUAGUAAUUUUCUGCACUUUGAUUGUAUUGCCACUGCAAUGUCUGAACAAUCGCCGCUACGCCGGUUUUAGACGCAGUGAUCAAAAUUGUAAUCUUGUGAAUCUAAAUUCUGUAAUAUAUUUUUGGGUAAAGGAAAAAAGCGGCCAAGUGCGAGUCGGACUCGCCCAUGAAGGGUUCCGUACCAUUUAUGACGUAUUAAAUAAAAACUACUUACUAAAUCUCGUUCAAACCAAUUUUCGGUGGAAGUUUGCAUGGUAAUGUACAUCAUAUAUUUUUUUUAGUUUUAUCAUUCUUUUAUUUUAGAAGUUACAGGGGAAGACACACAUUUUACCACUUUGGAAGUGUCUCUCGCGCAAACUAUUCAGUUUAGAAAAAAAUGAUAUUAGGAACUUCAAUAUGAUCUUUUGAAGACCUAUCCAUGGAAACCCCACACGUACGGGUUUGAUGAAAAAAAAAUGAGUUUCGUGUUUUAAGUAUGGGGAACCCCAAAAUUUAUUGUUGUUUUUUUAUAUUUCUAUGUGAAAUUCUUAAUGUGGUUCACAGAAUACAUCCACUUACCAAGUUUCAACAGUAUAGUUCUUAUAGUUUCGGAAAAAAGUGGCUGUGACAUACGGACGGACGGACAGACAUGACGAAUCCGUUUUUUGCCAUUUGGCUACGGAACCCUUAUAGGAUCACUUUGAUGUCCGUCUGUCUGCCAAGACCCUUUCUGCGGAACGCGCGGAGGUAUUGAGUUGAAAUUAAGACCACAUACGACAUGAGUACAGUCCCUUAAAGCUGUGAACGUAAAAGAUUUUCCGCGAAAAUACAUAUAUUUCGACACUCUUGUAUAGUCUGCGCGGAAAGAGAAGAGUCAUAAAUAAAUAAUAAUAAUAAAUACAUAUUAUGGGCAUUCUUACACAAAUUGACUAAAUCCCACGGUAAACCAAGAAGGCUUGUGUUGUUACAAAUACUUAAAUACAUAGAAAACAUCUAUGACUCAGGAACAAAUAUCUGUUGCUCAUCACACAAAUAUCAUUCGAACCCAGGACCAUCGGCUUCAUAGGCAGGGUCACUACCCACUAGGCCAGACCGGUCGUCAUAGAAUGUCCGAGACGUCAUAGAAUGAACGUCAAUGAAUGGGACUAUACAUUCUCUUUUUCUGUUGACCUAGAACUAUGAAAUUUGGCAAGUCGUCUUGUAUACUACAAGUAUAGGGAAAAAUCUAAAAACUAUACAUUUGUAAUUAAAUCAAAAAAGAUUGAUAACAAAAUUUUGUACGGAACCCUCGAUGGUCGAGUUCGAUUCAAACUUGUCCGGUUUUUUUAUUAACAUUUUACUUGUUUAUGCACAUACAGUCAGCGUCAAAUACUUCGUAGCAGUCAAAGUGGCCAAAUAGUUCGGUACAACAUACUAAAUAUAUGGUGUACCGAACUAUUUGGCUACUUUGGUUGCUACAAAGUAUUUGACGCUGACUGUACAAUCAAUUAAUGAAUGAAAUUGGAAGGCUUUUUACUUCUAUUAGUUAUCAAUUGACUUGUAAAAUAUCAUAUAUCGAUUUAUAUAAUUUUUAUCCGAGUAAACAAGAUCAGUAGGGCUAAGAUGGUCGGCUUUUUAUCAUUUGUCAGCAUGCCUGUCACGUUCUAACAAGUAUGUUAGUGCGAAAGUGACGGGCAUAGUGACAAGCGAUAAAAAUAGAACCAUGCUGCCACUGCAGAAUGAAUCUCGUAUAGCUCACACUGAAAAUGAAUAAACUUGUGUUAUAUGAAUGACAUCAGCUAGCGUGGUUUUUCCUUUUUGUAAGUAGACAAUAUCGAAGUAAAUGUGGUAUCUUUUUUUUUCUACUAGCACCUACUCAAUAUAACGACAUUGACGUCCGUAUGGCAAUAUAUAGUCUACGCCUUUUUUACAUUUUCACACGCUACUAGUUCUCACAGGGCGCUUAUUUUAUUUCCUAUCUGCUUCUAUUAAAUUUCUCCUUGUCGGGCUUCUUGGCUAUGCUAAAUACUAAAUAGGCGUUAAAUUUCGAGCGUAUCCAUACUUCUUUAUUAAAUAUCAAAAUGAAUACCUAUGUCGUUUUAUGGAUAGUCUAACGUUUUAUUUUUCCAACUGUUAUAUUCUUCUGAAUAAUAGGUUCAUAGGGGAAAGCAGUGAAAUAGUGAAUCUUAAGAGCGUCUCCACAUUGUCCGAUCCGAUAUCGGAUGUAGGAUCUGAGGAACGGAGGUGUAAUCAGGCCGCGGGGGCACCGUCUUUAGCAGUCACGCACACUACAACAAACAUUAUGCCUACACAUACGCACACAAACAAUUCAAACAAAUAUUAUCGGUUCGACAUCACCAACAUAGGUAAAAUUAUCGGAAGCACCUUUCCGAUAUGGGAUGUCGGGAGACGCCUAUGAGAAAAAGAUCUGCAAGAGUGCGAUAUGACAACAAGUCCGCCUUUUUUGCGUUAACUAUCGUUUAUAAUAAUAAUGAUUUAAAAAAUUUAAUAAAAGGGAAAAAUGAUUUAUUGAAUCGGUAUGAAAUCUGUAGAAAAUUUAAUGUCGUAUCAAAUAAAAACAACAUGGUUAUUUCUUAUACAUUUUCAUGUUUUUAAAUAAUGUAUUUAACAAUGUUAAAUGCAAGAAAAAGUUUACUCCAAUGCGAGAUUUUUAACGACAGUUAUGGUAUUUUUUAAUGCCAUCGGUGUCGAUCGGUUUUUUUAGUUAAAAUUUUAUUCUCCUUUAGAAUUUAGAAAAUUUCGUACGCUCGACAACGUUCUCGUCCGUUGGAUCAUUGGUGUUCUUAAAAAUAAUGAUUACCUUGCACAGUGAUUCCGCUGCCAUACAAGGGCGGCCAUAAAUACGUUUACCGCGAAAUAAAGGUUUUUUCUACUCAAAACGUUAUAAUACCAUGAAAGCAAUUUGAAAAAUGGAAAUUAUACACAAUGGGUAUAUAUAUUUAUAAAAAAUAACGUUUUUUUAGUCUAGAAAUGCUUCGCAGUAAUCUGGUUUUCGACAUUGAAUUUAAUAUACGCGAUAUCCGUUGGAUAAAAGGCAGAAGUAAGGGUUGCUAGUUGUUAAACAAACAUCAAAUCAAACAGAUAAUAAUAAAAAAUCAUAUAAUUCAUACUCAAAAAUCAUAAACACAAAACUGUACUAAUUUUAUCAUAUAAAACAAAUAUCAGUCAAGCAUUAAAAUUACUUAUUCAAAGAUAACAAUUUUAUUACAGAUUUUAAUAAACAGUCAUUUUUUUUGUGGGUAACUUUCUUAGACUUGAUAUAAGUGGAUCUGAGUGAAGAAGAAGCCUGUUAAUCAAGCCUGUGUUCGUCAAAACGCGAUUCAUUUUCCGUGUAUGCCCUUGUCGAAAUGCUGUGAUGUGUUUGUUACUCGCUUCAGCUGCUUCUUCAGAUAGCUCCCCUAUGGAUAACAAACCGUGGUUCAUGAUAUCAGCACCGUGAAUUAAAACUUCAGGUGUCGAAACAAGUUGAAAUGGUACAUAGGAGGUAACAAACAAGCUACUAUAUUUAAGGUUGGCAUCAGAAAAACAUUGCUUAUAUUCGCCAGGUCCAGUACUGCCAUCGAAACCCCCAUUUGCCUAUUAAAGAUAUUUUAUCUAGAGAUUAGCUAGGUACUCUGUCUAAAACAUCUUUCUCAGACUCAAGAAUCCAAGUGGCAGUGUGGUCUAACAAACUCUGAAGAUCAACUUCAGCGGAUGAUUCGGUAACAGUUACAAUUGGAGGAUAACAUUGUUUUUAACUUCUACAAUACUUUGAUAGGAAGCCAUACUAUUUUUUGAUAUCUUAUAUACUGGCCUUAGCGUCUAUUUCAGACGAUCUAUGGUGCAAUGUCCGCAAAACAUCUUUUUUGGUGACUGAAAAGGCCGAUGCGAGAGCGGCAUACUUUGCCACAGAGCUGGCAAGGGAAGUUCGCGACGGAUUGUGACGUUUCGCUACGGUUACGUUUUGUCUGCCAGUGCCGCAAACCAGGCCUCGUCGCAGAACUUGCGACCAUCUCCAACGCACUUGCGCCACUCCGUUCGCUUCUCCGCAAGCUUUUCCCAGUUUCGGUGGUCGAUCUUAAAAGCUGCCAUAUCCCUCUUGGCGCAGUGAUAUCUUAAUGUCUAUACAAUUCUUAAUUUAUAAAUAUUGGUGCCUAGUCAACUUAGCUGCUGCAAUAACCGACAAAACAUCAUUUUUGUAGAGCUUAAACUGGCAUGAACGGAAGUAUUGAACAACGUGUUGAUAGCAGACGAAUCUAAGUUGGAUAGUUCAGCAAGUCUUCUCCUUUUUGUACCUUUACUACUGAAAAUUCCCAGAACGUGUUGACAUUUUUCUUUUUCAGUGCCUUGUUUGGAGUUCCACAUAUCGAAAAUAGUACGCCUUGGAAUAGCACAUUUCAAAAUAGUACCUAUAAUAAAGAUAUAAACAUGCUGGAAAAAAAUCUCAUUAUUCUUGGCCAACGACACUUAUUCGUUGACACCCCAUUAACUAGAAAAGACGACAUUAGACGAGAAUGAAGCUUACAGCUCUUAUUAAGGACACUUUAAUCUUUAAAAUGAGGUAUGCCACUAGUGCGGCACAGGUCGGCAUCAAAGUAUAACUCUAAUUGAAUUCGUAGUUAAGAAUAUUUCUUACGAAACGAUAGACCUCCCGUAGAAAAUUUGUAUAAAAUUCAAACACACGUAUAUAUACAUAAAACAUAUUAGAAAAUAAAGUACAUACCUUCUUCUUGGAUUUCCAUAAUAUCACCACGUGUUAAUAAAGAAAUAGUAAUAAUAAUACACGAUAACAAAGUGAUUAACAGCGUCAAAAGUGCACUGCUAAUGAAGGUUGAAAUGUUAUAACUUUCGUUGCACAAAUGUAAAUGAUAAUUGCAAUUUAUUAUUGUGACAUUUAUAGUAUUUGACAGAUUGUCUAUUAGUGAACAACUUACCUUUUAGGCCAGGGUACGCUUAUGACCUUUUGUGAUUUAUAGCCUACGGCGGAAUCACUGUGCCUUGCCAUGAAUUUACACUUAAGUGACAUAUGAUUAGUUCCCCAUAAAUCACAUAAUGCAAUAAUACUUAACUGUUUACAUUUUGACCAAAUUAUGUACCCGCAAUUUCAGAGUUAUUUUAUUUUCGGACACGGUCUUACUUUACUUUUCUUAAACGUUUCCCGAUGCCCAUAUUUUCAUAUUUUUAAACAGUUUUACUGCCACAUUUGAAUGUUAUCGUGACUUCUCUGUAAGAUUUUUCGAUUCAGCGGGCCUUCAGAUUCUUCCAUAUAAAAAUAUCGAUUUCUCUCAGAAAACUAGCUAAUGCUGAAAUUUUCCCCUGAAUCUGACUUUCUAGCGGUAGUUUUUGUAAAGAAAAAGGACGCAAAAAAUAUCAUAAACUUGACCUUCAGCUCUAACCCGUUUCCACAAAAUGCUCCACUAUCUUCGCUUUCGGCCAUAGGGAUAUAAUACUGGAGAAAUUACAUACUGUCUUGUGGUCGCCACGGUGUUCUUCUAGAUUGACCAUAAGAGAAAGAAUCCAAUGCCCAUUGAACUUACCGGAUUAAUUGACAGAUAUAUAGACUUUAAAGUUGAUAUUAAUUUCAGUUUAAUAUUUUAUGCUUUUUACAUGUACAUAACUUUGUUGAGAUUUCACUCUGCAUACGUUAUAAUUAUAACGUAAGACACAUGCCUUACAUUUUUCUUUCCAUCCAACAUCCGAUAUCUGUACCCCUAGUGUAACUUUGAUCGACAUCAUAACGUGACGAACGCGUUUGCGUUAAGACUCAUUUUGUAUAGGAUUUUGAGUUUCCAAAACGUCCCGCUUGGCGCGCUCUUUCGAAAUCCAAUACAAAAUGAGACUAAACGCAAACGCGUACGUCACGUUUGGAAAUCGAAUUUAUUUACACUAGGGGUACAGAUCGGGCAAUGUGAAAACGCUCUAACGUUGUAGCAAUAAGAAACCACGUAUUUUUGUACCGCGGUCUCGUUCGUUAAGUAAACACGAUCUAGUAAUAUUAGUUUACCUAGACUUAGGAUCUCUGCAUAGUGAAGCGGGCAUUGUGCUUCUAAGGUAAUUUCGUUUGAUACAUUAUCCGUUACGCUUGUGGUAUCUAAAAAAACCGAAAAAGUCAUAAACUUACACAUAAACUUGUUUCCAUGAAAAUAGUUUCCACAUUUCUUUUACGGGCGUAUUCGUGGUGGAUCAAACUACGUAUCUUUUCGUCAGAUUAUUUUCUCGGCCUCAUAUUCCACCGAAUUGUUACAUAAACGUCAUAAUAUUAUAAAUAUAAAAGACAAGCUGAAAAUAAUUCAUCAAUUAAUAAUCAGUCUAGGUCGAGAAAGUAAUCUACUGUAAACCCCGUACAAAGAAUAAGAAAGGCUGCAUUUACAAAGGGAUGGUCGCUGCGCACCAGGAUCUUGGUUGCGUAUGUUUUGUAUCUAUUUUUAUAUUUAUUUUUAUUCACGAAGCAAUAUGAUUAUUUUAUAUUGUAUGGGCAAAUUAUUUAGAUGUAUUGUUAUCGUCGAAUGAAAGAUCAAUUCAUAAAGUUUACAAUGUAAUAAUGAUGCAAGCCAAGUACAAAGUGCUUUUAUAAGUUAUAUUACGGUACAUUGUAAGGUAAGGCGCCAGAGCCCACUGGUAUUCAGGCGUGGGAGUUGCGCUACUGUUAGUAUGUAAUGUAAUUCCGCAUAUUGUAUCAUUGUAUUUAAAAUCCUGACAACCACCAAAUAUUAUUUCCACUACCCACAUUAGCCUUAUAAAUGCCUAAUGAGUAACUGAAAAAAUAUUUUAUAAUAAAUAGUUUUAUUAACUUAUUACAAAAUAAAGAAUAUUACCUAUUAUACAUAGAAUGUAUAAAAUUUAAUAUUAGGUAAAUUUUAAUGUUAAAUAAUCGUGUAGGUACGAUAGUACCUAUGUAUAAAGUUGACUAAUAUUGUUUACUUGUAAGUUCUGUUAUGUAGAGAUUUUUGUUUGUAAUAUUGUUAAACUACUGCGUGGACUUCUUCCCAGGUGGUCCAAUUUUUAUAACCUAACCAAUAAAAUAUCGAUGUGGUUGUACAUUUACAUUUUGAAUAGAAUGUACUCUAUUUA